AUGUCAUCAGCGAGACCAACCCGCACCCCACUUUCAGCAUCGUCUAAUAAAGCUACACCACCAUUAGUCCUAAGCAGAUUCCUUAAACGUUCAGUUUUUGAAGUAAUUAAAGAAAGAAUAACAAAACUCGAUCAUGACCUUUUUGAUGUUAUUUGGCCGGCAGUGAAGAAACUACCAGAUAAUAGAAAUAUUGUCCAAACCGUUGAGGAAGACUUUCCUGGAGGAAUAACUGCACCCGAUUAUUAUGUGUAUGAAGUUUUUCAUGAAUUUUUAAUGCCACUUAUCAAAGAUUUGCAUAAUAUUAACAUAAACUCAGAAUUACCUUUACACCCUAAAUCCGACUUUAUAAAAAUACAGCCAAAGACCUCGGCAGCUGAACCCCUUGUUGAAUUAAAUAUCGAUCCGAACGAUGAGUUCGUACUUUCUGGUGCUAUUGAAUGUUCGAGAAAUUUAGACGGCUUUGAAUUACCAUUGAACUUAAAGGUAGGAAAAUUGGAAACCAUUGAAAGAAUAAUAACAACAAUAUUAAUGCAAGAUGAUUUCACAAAGUUCAGUGAACCUUCAAAUCCCGAAUCUGAUCAAAAAGGCGGUACUUAUUACACUUUAAAUGAAGUUUUAGAAAAGCCGUCUGAAAUCUGUGCAUCUCUUGCGUCUAGUGGUUUAUUGAUAGCAUUAUGUGACAGGGAAGAAAUCGAUGACUGCACUCGCUUACAUGGUCGACAUUGGCCUUAUGGUCGAGGCGUUUUUGUCACUGAAGAUAAAACAGUAGCUGUUUGGAUAAAUGUACAUGACCACUUGCGAGUGCUCGUAUCAACACCUACAGAUUCUCCAGGGGAGAUAGGUCUCCCAUUUAGUAAAAUGUCUUUUAUCAUGUCGUAUCUUCACGAAAGACUUGAUUUUGUCUGGCAUAAAAAACUAGGACACUUGAGCAGCAGACCUACAUAUUUAGGUGCUGGUAUAAGAUUCAGCCUCAUUGUCAGUUUUCCUGGCUUAUCUAAAGAUUCGGAUAAUAUGAAACAUUUAUGUGCCAUGAGAGGAUUACAAUACAGAGAAACGUUAAGUGCAAAUAUAGCAAGAAUAAGCAAUUAUCAAUCCCUAAGCAUUACAGAAACAAACUGUUUUAAUGACUUUGCGACGGCUUCAUCAAAUCUUUUGCAUUUGGAGAAAGAUUUAUCCAUGCAAAAUUCAGCUCACAUUGCGACAAUGCUAACAAAUAUUUUCCGAAGAAAGAGGAGCAGCUUAGCCGAUUUAGAUAGCCCUGAAAAGCAUCCAAAAUUUUAA